AUGGAAACCAUCCUAGCCAGCUGCCUCUACGACCCCAAGCUCAAAACGAAAUUCUACAUUCCGCGCUUCACGCACCGUCUCCUAAUCGCAGACGCCUGGGGAAUCACCCCGGGGCAAAGGAUCCUCGACAUCGGCUGCGGACAGGGAGAAUCAUGCAUCGUGCUGGCUCUCCUAGUCGGGCCAACCGGCCACAUCACAGGGAUUGACAUCGCGCAGCCCGAAUAUGGCAGUCCCUACACGGUGAAAGAGUCGCACGACUACGUAAGGAAAUCCGAGCUAGGAUCACGGAUCACCUUUCUGCGCGCCGACACGCCGUCUUUCCUGCGCGAUCUGCACCGUCCUGCCCGUGAGGUCUUCGACUCCGUCGCCCUCUUCCAUAGUCUGUGGUACUUUCCGAACCCGCAGAGCGUGUACGACCUCUUCCGGACGUUGGCGGUCGAUGCGCAGGCGCCUCGGGUGUAUCUGUGCGAAUACUCUUAUGAGAUCUCGCUGGAGGAGCAGAACGUGCAUGCUUUAGCGGCUCAGACGCAGAGGCUCUUCUAUCGGUAUCGACGACCUCGCGCGCCAGGGGAUCUAGAGCAGAAUGUCCGCGCGGGGCUCGACCAGGCGUCGAUUCUGGAAGCGGCCAGAGGCGCUGGAUAUAUGGUGAUUAGGGAUGGGAAAAUCACGCCCGACCCUACCUUUCUCGAGGGGCAUUUUGAGGUGCAGUACGUGGAGGGGGAGAAGUUCAUGCGCCGCGUGAAGGAGGAGGCGCUUACGGAGGCGCAGGAGGGAGAGGUCCUCGCUUCUCUGGCGCGUCUGCGAGAGGCCCAUGAGGAAUGGAAGCGGGCGGGGCAUGAGACGGUGAGGAAUCUGGAUAUUUGGUGGGCUGUGCUGGAGCUGGGCGCUUGA